CUGAUUCAUUGCAGUAUUCAAGAUAUAGAGCUAUGGGAAAUUGAAAUACUCGUAUAAUCAUCUCAUUCCUUAAUCAUUGUUUUCGAGUAAGAAACAAUUGUAGUACAUAUUUACUAUGAUAUACUCACCUCCAGCUCUCAAGCUGCUACGUUUCUCCAGGAAGAGUUCUCGUUGCAAAUCUAUAAUUUACCAGUAAAAUUUUUAUUUAAUAGAAUUUACUAGACUGUUUAUUAUUCUCACAACUCAAAAAUGUCCGUUAUCCGUUCUUGUUUGGAGUCAGUCCGUUCGCAAGUUCAGCAAUGUGCAAACGGAAGAAAUAUCAAUCUUGUAGCUGUUAGCAAGUUCCAUCCUGUAGAACAAUUGAUGGAAGCUUAUGAAGCAGGACAGCGACAUUUUGGCGAAAACUAUAUGCAAGAAUUCUUAGUCAAGGCAGAAUUGAUGCCAAAAGAUAUACAAUGGCAUUUCAUAGGCAAUAUGCAAAGUCAAAAAUGCAAGAAGAUUGCCUCUGUAAAAAAUCUUUAUGCGAUUGAAACGAUUGAUAAUGAGAAAAAGGCUCGUUUAGUUAACCAAGCCCGUGAAGCUAUUCAAACACCCUUACGGGUCUAUGUUCAAAUAAACACUAGUGGCGAACCAAACAAAGCUGGCGUGAUGCCUUCUGAGGCUUUGGAUUUGUGUAAAGUUGUUCAAAGUUUGGAAUAUCUUCGUCUUCAAGGUUUAAUGACAAUUGGUUCAAUUUCCCAUUCACAGUUACAGGAUCAGAAUCCAGAUUUUCAGUUGUUGUCGGAUCUUCGCCUCAAGCUUCAAGCGGAACUCAAUUCUCCUCUUGAACUAUCAAUGGGCAUGAGUUCGGAUUUCCCGUUGGCCAUUAAAUAUGGUAGCGACUCGGUUCGUGUGGGAAGCUCAAUCUUUGGCAGCAGACCAGAAGAAAAGCCUAAAUCUGUUGUAUCUUCAAAUUAAUAUUAAUUAUAUAUAAAGGAAUGGCUAUUUAUGCUUUUUGGAAAAAUGCAUUCUCACUUUGUAAGCUACAAACUUGUGUAAAUUUGCACUAUAGAUACCUUGCUCAUACUAAAGAAAUGAAGCAAACACACCAAUUUCACAUGGCGU